AUGUUUGACCAGCAACCUUGCAAGCUCAUGGUAGCCAUGGUCUGCAACAAGGAGCAGGUUCAUGGUGCUGGUUCUAUCGACCUCGACCGCAAACAUAGACCUCGCAGAAAUGGCCAGCUCAAGGUAUUGCACCGACCCCCGUGGCCCGUGCUCAUUGAAACCGACGCCGCAAUCAAUCAGGAGCCGAACACUGUUGUCAUCGCCUUAGGAGAUUGCAGUGGCCAGAAGUGCCUGUCCAGGAGGUCCACGAAAAACCUCGGUAUUGGCGUCAUUCUCCAGCAGAAACUGUCCGAGGCGAUAGUGAUGGCGGUCAAGCGCAUGGCAGAUGUUUGUCUUCCUUGCGACAGUGUCAAAACUCUCCGCGUCGGCGCCUCGACGGAGGAGAAGAGCAACGACUGCGAUCUUGGUAUCCUCCUUCGCGUUCGAGAUGCAGGCGUGCGUGACCGGUGUUGCAUUGGCACCACUGGUCUUUGCGUCCAAGUUGGCACCAUGAUCAAGGAGAUAAGUCAUAAUGUCCAAAUGGCCAUGUGCUGCGGCUCGAUGCAACGGCGUGGCCUGGUGAAAGUCGCCGACUUCUCGCAGUUCGAGAUGCUGCACCACGAGGAAAAGGAUCUCAACGGGGAUUUUCUGUAG